AUGGCACAGGAAUUUGUGGAAACUAAACUUAGGGUAGACAGAGUUACAAUAUUUCUAAAACCAUUGUGCCCGUAUUGCGUGACGGCUAAAGAGAUCUUGUCAAAGUAUACAUUCAAAGCUGGGCAUUUAGAAUUUUUUGACAUCACAGGACGGAGAGAUAUGAGCAGUUUACAGGACUACUUUUUGGAGAUAACUGGGGCUCGGACGGUCCCACGGGUGUUUAUCGGUGAGGAAUAUGUGGGAGGGUGCAGUGAAGUGGCAGAGCUGGAUGAGAGUGGGAAAUUGGAGGGGAUGCUGCAGUCCAUUGGCGCUCUGCAGUGACGCACACACAC